CUUUACAAACAUCAUCACUACCACUGUACCUAAAUCAGGAAGCACCGACACGUUUUUCUUUUUUUUUCCCCCCCUCUUUUUUUUUAUUGUUGUUUUUUUUUUCUUUCUAACGGAGACACUUUGGUGAUUACAGUAACUGCGAACCAUAAGGGCAAAAGGCGUUAUCGUCGAUGCUGCUGAGGACCACCGCUGACCGCAGCUAAAAGAAGACUGACACUUCGCUUCAUCCGGUACAGGGCACAGCUGUGGAUGCAUUUGACACAGGCUAAGCGGAGAAGGGCUCUGUUAGCAGCAUGGGACAGCAUCUAGGAAAGAAGGAGUCCUACACAGACACCAAGGCUUCAUCACCUGAACCCAAAGCCGCAGCAACGGCAGUGGCAGAACCUGAACCACAAGAUGAAGUCUUUGGCCUGGGUGAGGCAGAUGCGAACCAGAACAAUGGCUGCGUCUCGGAGAAGCCGGUGGUGACUGACUCCACGAGCCCCUCCACCACAGCUGACCCUGACGCUGCCACACCACGCCCCCACCUGGUCCGCCUCUUCUCCCGAGAUGCCCCGGGCCGAGAGGACAACACCUUCAAAGACAGACCCUCCGAAUCGGACGAGCUGCAGACCAUCCAGGAGCACAGCGGAGCGGCUUCAGAGUGCGGGUCGGAGAGCCCCGAACAGGACCUAGCUCAACAACAAGUGCCUUUCCUCCUGACUACCAAAUACACUGUGCUGUUUUUUCUCCUUCUUGUGGAUAAUAGAAAAAAAAAAAAAAAAAAACACAAUUUCAAAAAGGUGCUCUGUAACUAACUUUGUAAUGACACAUUUUAAGGUGUUUUUUGAGAAUGUGCAAGUUUUCUGUAAAAAAAAAAAAGAAAAAAAGAGAAAGUUCAGCACCACCAGUUGUGCUGUUCCACCCGUCUUCCAGAAGCAGCCAUGUGUGAUUUGUAGCCUUUGCCCCCCCCACCACCACCACCACCACCAUUUGUGUGUGCUUGAUCCAUCUGAGUGCUGUGUGUUGUUUUUCUUUUUUUCUGAAUGGACCCUGAGAAUGAAUGUUCUGUAAACUUCCUCCUCAUUAUUGUAUGUGUAAUAAAACAUGACCAGCCACUUAACUGAGAAUAAAACAUUAAAAUAUAUAUAUAAAAAAAAACAG